AUGGAUUUAAAUAUGGAUUCUGAAGUAAUGGGUUUAAACAUGGAUUCUGAAGCAAUGGAUUUAAACAUGGAUUCUGAAGCAAUGGAUUUAAACAUGUUUUCUGAAGCAAUGGAUUUAAACAUGGAUUCUGAUUCACUUAGACUAAGUUUGGAUUCUAAAGCAACUAGAAAAAAUUUAAAUUUUGAAGCCAAAAAUACAAACCUGGAUUAUGAAGCAAGGAAUUACAAUUUGGAUUCUGAAGCAAUGGAAUUGAAUCUGGAUUCUAAAUUAGCUGAAAUAAGUUUCAAUUUUCAACCAACAAAAUUAAAUAUGGUUUCUGAAUCACUAAAAUCAAAUGUGAAUUGUAAAGGAAAAUGUGAACUGAAAAAAUCUGAUUUGCAUUAUUCAAUCCCAGCUGAGUUAGAUUAUAAAAAUACUUCAAGCGACACUAAAAUGAAACAAAUUAGCAUUCAGAAAAACAAAAGAUUGAAAAAACUUUUAGAUACAAUGAUUAUUGAACCUGACAAUACACAACUUGAUUGUAAUGGUAAUUUUGUUAUAGAUGUUGAACAAGAGAGUGAUGGGUUAAAGAUGAAUAGUCACAAGAACAAAGGUACAUUAACUGAAAACAGUAUAGAGGUUAGUCAUGUUAGUAGAUCAGUUGAUAGAAGUUUUGUAGUCCAAGGUAGUUUUCACCAAGGAGAUAUCCGAUUUGGAAUUAACAGUGGGAAGCAAUGUGUUGCAAACUGUUUAUCAGCUCUUGCUCAUAGUAAAUUUAAAAGUUUAAUGGAUUGGGAUCAGAUGUAUAUAGAUAAUGUUUUGAUUAAGGGAAACCAAAUAUAUAGCAAUAUUCAUGGUGACAAUGUUCAUCUCCUUGUAUCAGACCUACCUGGAAUGAUAGAAAUGUCAGGAAAAUUUCUGAAAAUAUCAAGGAAAGAAUCAAUAACAGCUGUCAUAGAUAACUAUGGAACUAUAGAUUUUAGUGAAUUUGGAAAUUCUUUGCCUUUAGACCAAGCUUUACAAGAAUCUUUAAUUGACUAUGAUGCUUGCUUUAUAUGCGCAUAUGAGACAACAUUUUUAGCCUUGAAACAUAAUCAAGAUUUACUUUUGUUUGAUUCUCAUUCACGAAACAAGUUUGGCUUACAGGACAGCGAUGGUAAAAGUCUACUUUUAAAGUUAAACAAUCUAGAUCAUCUUUAUCAAUAUUGUUGCAACAUGAAGGCUGGAUCAAGCCAAAAUCAAUGGUUUGAGGUAACAGGAGUCCGUAUUUGUAUUGAAAACUGCACUGACAAUAAUGCACUUUUUGAAAGUUAUAACCAAGCUAGCACCAGCAACUCUCAACUUUCUGAAAAUCAAGAAAAGGAAAACAAAAAUAGCCAUGAAAUUAUCAAAACGCAAGAAAAUUUAACUAUGCAUGACCACAUAUCACCAGAAAUACUCAAAUCUAACAUUUGCAGUAAUGAAAGUAUUGUCAUUGAGAAUAAUAAUGAAGUACACAUUGAUGAGGGUAUUACAGAUAUUGAAUCUGAUGUUGAAAUUUUGUCAACAAUAGAUAAUUUUUAUGAUUUCAAACCUCUGAAUACAGAUUCAAAGAGGAAGCUCUGUAUUAUUGCUAAGAUUCCAACCAAGAAAAUAUCCAAAAAGAUUACACCAAACAUACAUAACAUGGGACCACCAUCUGCUACAAAGACUAUCACAGGUGAUGGUAAUUGUCUUUUUCGAGCCAUUUCAUAUGCACUAUCUAAUAGACAAGAAUUCUUUAGAAAUGUAAGAAAGGUAAUAGUUGAUCAUUUGAUGACAAAUACAGAAAUAUUCAGGUCAUUUUUACAGCCACAAUUUAUAACUGUAGAACAGCAUAUACAAACACUGAACAUGGAAGAAAAUAAUGUAUGGGGAACUGAACUGGAAAUAUUAGCUUGUGCUGACCUUCUUAAAACCGACAUUUAUACUUUUUAUAAUGGUACAUGGAUUAAAUAUUCUUCAUCUCAAAUAAACAGCAAUAAUUGUAUUAAUGAUCAGGCAAUUUAUCUUCAACAUAUAGGAGACAUGAAUCAUUAUGAAGUUGUCACAAAUGUUACUCGAAAGUCAGUCUCUCUAGAUCCAUUACAAUGUAGACAAAGUAAUGCAGAAAAUUAUGAAGUUGACAGGAAAUCUGAGGUUACUUCUAAGAAAAUGAAAGUUGAUGAAAACCAGACAACUGGCUCAAUAUACAACUUUGGAGAAGACAAUACUGAAUCAAAAGUUUUAUCUAAAGCUGAAAAAGAAAAGAUCAAGUACUGGACAGAUGACACAUUUAGAGCUAGAAAAACUAAUACAUUGAAAAGAAAAUACUGGGAGAAUGAAGGAAUACGUUCCAAAAAAUUAUGUUUAGGCAUUAAAAAAUAUAAAGAAAAUGAGACUUACAGAGAGAAUUUGAUACAAGCAGGUAUUCAGAAAUAUCAAGACAAUGAAGAUUACAGGAAUGCUUUAAUAGAAUCAGGAAUUUAUAAGUAUCAAGAAGACAAGGGUUACAAAGAUGCUUUAAUACAAUCAGGAAUUGAGAAAUAUAAAGAUGACAAGGGGUACAGAGAUGCUUUAAUACAAUCAGGAAUUGAGAAAUAUAAAGAUGACAAGGGUUAUAGAGAUGCUUUAAUACAAUCAGGAAUUGAGAAAUAUCUAGAAGAUCCUGAAUACAGAGAAAAGUUGAAACAAGCUAGUAUAGCAAAGUAUAAAUCGGAUGAAAAGCACAAGGAACAUGUAAAGCAAAUAAGUAUACACAAGUAUAAAGAAGAUAAAAAUCACAAGGAACAUGUGAAACAAGCAAGUAUAAAAAAGUAUGCAGAUGAUGAUGCACAGAGAAUUAAAAUUAAACAACAAACUUCAGUACGUCGUGAAAGUCUUCGGGUAGAAAACAAGCAAAUAACUGAGGUAAUAAGAAAAUUUAAAGAUGAAGUUAAGAAAGGUCCAGAAUGUGUUUGUGCUUGUUGUUUGAGGUUGUUUUUUGAAAAACAGGUUCAGAUCUGCAAGAAAGAGUAUUACGAUAAUUCUAUAUUUGAUUUAGUUACAACAGAGAAAUACAAACACAAAUGUACAGAUGAUUGUAAGACAAAUUGUGCUUUUGAAGGUACAUGUAGAACAAGUCUGUGGAUCUGUUAUACUUGUCAUCGUAAAAUGUUGAAAGGUAAAAUACCUGCAGACUCCUUUUCAAAUAGUCUAUUACUAGAAAAUGUUCCAGUAGAGUUAAAACAGCUUAAUUCAAUCGAGCAACAACUUAUUGCCCAGAACAUUCCUUUUAUGAAAAUAAUGGCUUUACCAAAAGGAGGACAAAAAGGUGUUCAUGGACCUGUAGUGUGUGUGCCAUCUGAUUUGAAAAAAGUAACUUCGAUAUUACCCCGAUCUGAAGAUGGAAGUCUAUUAUUGAAAGUUAAGUUAAAGAGAAAGCUUAGCUACAAAGGAUAUGACAAAUAUCAAUUCGUAAGACCAAACCAUUUAGAGCAAGCUCUUUUGUAUUUAAAGGAUCAAAACAUAUGGUAUAAAGAUGUGGCUAUCAACAAUGAAUGGAUUAAUCCAAUUCCUGAAUUAAAUGAUGAUCAAGUAGUGAAUGAUGAAUCUGAAUCUGAUGAUACUGAGCAGGUCAGGGAAAACCAAAAAGAGAAAGAAAAAAUUAUAACAAAGUCCUCUACAACAAGCAAUGAAAGAGAAAUUGAAAGCGAACCUGUUAGCUACAUUGAUGAUAGAUUACGUGGUGUUCAGUUAGAUACUUGUUUACAACCUGCUGAUAUUGGACAAGAGGCUUUAGAUUUGUGCUUUGACCAAGUUUUUAACAUUGCUCCAGCAGAGAAUAAUAGUCCUCUUAGUGUUCUCCAAGAAUCAGGAAUUGAAGCUAAAACUUUCCCUGUACAUUUUUCAACAGGUAAAAAUACAUUUGAUGAAAUCCGUGAUGAAAAACUGACCAUUGGAAGGUACUUUAAUCUUCGAUUGAUGAGUGUUGAAAACAGAUUUGCAAGGGAUACAUCCUACAUAUUUUUCAGUCAAUAUUUAACAGAACUCAACAGUGUGAUUUCAAAUGUACAGAUAUCUCUCAGAAAAGAAUGCCCUUUUUCUAAAGAGGGAAAGAAAGUUACUGGAGAAAUGCUGUGCAAUAAGGAAACCUUGAAAGAGCUGUUUAAAAAAGAUGAAGCUAUUAAGUAUUUAAAACCUAUUAGAGGAACUCCCCCAUACUGGCAAAGUUCACAGAAAGAUAUAUUUGCAAUGAUCAGACAGUUAGGUGUGCCAACAUUCUUCUGUUCUUUUUCAUCAGCAGACUUCAGAUGGUCAGAAAUUGUUAAUACAAUAUUAAAACAACAGGGUGACAUGAGAAAUACGGAAAAUAUGACAUGGGAUGAAAAAUGUAAAGUUCUUUGUAGCAAUCCUGUUACAGCUGCAAGAAUGUUCAAUCAUAGAUUUCAUAUCUUUCUAAAGGAUGUUAUCAUGUCAGAUGCUGAACCAAUAGGAAAAAUAAUUGACUAUUUUUACAGAGUUGAAUUUCAACAAAGAGGUUCUCCUCACACCCAUUGUUUGUUUUGGGUAGAAAAUGCUCCAAAAUAUGGUGAAGAUGACAAUGAAGAAGUUAUGAGUUUUAUUGACAAGUAUGUUACAUGUGAGAUACCAGAUGAAAAGGAAGAUAAAGAAUUACAUGACAUUGUUAUGGAAGUACACCAACACAGCAAAAAUCAUUCAAAAACCUGUAAGAAAAAAGGAACAGUAUGUCGUUUUAAUUUCCCAAGACCUCCUUCAACUAAAACAUUCAUCUCUGAACCAUGUAAUCCAGAUAAGGAUACUAAAAAAGACGAAAAAGUAGCAAAAGAAAUAUUGUCUGGCUUGUGGAAAGUUAUAAAAGAGCAUGAAGAUAAAAACUUAGAUGUAUCUGAAAUUUUCAAAAAGGCAGGUCUUACUCAAGAAAGCUUUGAAAAGUAUUUUCGUUUCAUCACCAAUCGAAACACAGUAGUUCUUAAACGUGAGCCAAAUGAAAUUUACACCAACCAGUAUAAUCAACAUCUUUUAAGGGCUUGGAAUGCAAACAUUGACAUACAAUAUAUUUUGGAUGCAUUUUCCUGUGUUGUAUACAUUAUAAGUUACAUAAGUAAAUCUGAGCGAGAACUAGGAUUACUCCUCCAACAAACCAAAAAUGAAGCUGAAGAAGGAAAUUUAAAUGCACAACAGACUAUGAAAAAAAUUGGAACUUCAUACUUACACCAUAGAGAGGUUAGUGCACAAGAAGCUGUUUUUAGAGUUACUGGAUUAAGAUUAAGAGAAUGUUCUAGGAAAGUCGAAUUUAUACCUGUUGGUGAAAAUCCAUGUAGAAUGAGCAUACCUCUGAAAGACCUUGAGAAACAACAAAGUUACAAAUCUUCCAACAGGAAAAGGAGUAAUAGUGACAGUGCAGAUGAAAAUGAUGAUGAAAAUAAAAUUUGGAUGAACAAUUUAGUUGAUAGAUAUAAAGGUAGACCACACAUUGAUAUGUUUAUUAAAAUGUGCCUUGCAAGGUUCGGUUCUGAAUACAGUGUGUUAGGAGAGUCACAGUUACCCCAGAAAAUCAAUGAAGAAACAACCUUCAAACUUGAUGGCAACCUUGGACAUAUUAGAAAGCGCACAAGAACCUCACCUGCAGUUAUCAAAUAUCCACGUUUCUCACAGGAAACUUCUCCUGAGAAAUACUUCCAAAGCAUUUUGCAACUCUUUUUACCAUACAGGCAUGAUGAACAGUUAAAACCUCCACUAUUUGAUACAUAUGAAAAUUUCUUCACUUGUGGUAGAGUUAAGUUUCCAGGGGAUAAUACUUUGACUUAUGUAAAGGAAUUUGUUAUCAAAAACAUGGCAGAUUUUGUGAAAACUGGUCAAGAGUUAGAGGACGCAGAAAAUCAAUUGCAUGAAACAGAUCCAAAAGAAGAUGCAUGGUGUGAAUUAUGUCCAGAAUCAGAACUGAACAGAAGAGAAUGUAUUGACGAAGGGAAAGUAACAAGUGUGAUUGAAGAAGAUUUGUCAGAAGCAACAAUUCCAGAUUUGAAUAAUGAAAAGAGCUCAUCAUCUGUUGGAACUAAUCUGCUGUCAGUUUCCCUCACAAAAAAUGAAAUUAUUCCAAGACUCAGAAGUUUGAAUGUAAAGCAGAGACGAAUUCUCUAUAAAGUGAGAGAUUGGUGCAUUCAGAAAGCAAAUGGAAAAACACCAAAGCCUUUACAUGUAUUCAUUACAGGAGGAGCUGGAACGGGUAAAAGUCACUUGAUCAAGUGUAUACAAUAUGAAGUAACUAGAAUUUUAGCACAAACUUCAGAGAAUCCAGAUGAUCUCACAGUUCUAUUAACAGCUCCAACUGGAACAGCUGCAUUUAAUAUCCACGGAUUGACAAUUCACAGUGCUCUUGGCAUUUUCAAAUCACUUUCACCUGACCAUGCAACUCUAAGUGAAGACAAAAUUAAUUCCCUACGAACUAAGUUAGAAAACUUACAGAUCUUGAUUAUUGAUGAAAUUUCAAUGGUCAAUAAAAAAUUGUUGUUUUUUGUUCAUGAGAGACUCAGACAAGUGAAAAAAAGGCCAGACAAUUGUUUAUUUGGAGGUGUCUCAGUAAUUGCAGUUGGUGAUUUUUAUCAGUUACCACCAGUUAGAACAAAAAGGGUAGACAAAUUGUAUGUAGAUGAUCCCUCUAAUCCCUCAAAUCAGCUAUGGAAUGGUUUGUUUAAUAUUGCUGAAUUGGAUGAAAUAAUGCGUCAACGUGAGGAUGGUUUGUUUGCAAAACUUUUAAACAGAAUGCGUGUAAAGCAGAAAAAUGAAAGUUUGUCAUACUCUGAUAAAGAUACUUUAAAACAAUGUAUUGGUGAUGGUCCUGAUGAAGUGCUACACAUAUACCCAACAAAUGCAGAGGUUGAUACUUUUAACAAGGAGAUGAUAUUGAAAUUAUGUACAGACUCAAAACUAAUUGAAGCAGAAGACUAUGAAAAAAACAAAACAUCAGGAAAAUUGACUCUGAAAAAAAUCCAUUGUACAAAGUCAGAUGUCUGUCUUCCAAUAUCUAUUCUUUUAGCUGAGGGGGCAAGAGUAAUGCUUAUCAAGAAUGAGGAUACAGCAGAUGGUUUAGUAAAUGGAGUAAUGGGAACAGUAAUUUCUAUCAAAGACUACUCACCUAAUUCACUCCCAAGUACCAUAUUUGUUCUCUUUGACAAUGAAAGAGUUGGAAAAAAUGCAAAGUUACAAAAAAUCAUCUGCGGAAAACGCUGUGUUGGUUUAAAGCCUUCAAGUGAAGACAUUCCUUUAAGCACCUGUGUACGUAAACAGUUCCCAUUGAAACUAGCCUGGGCUUGUACUAUUCAUAAAGUUCAAGGAUUGACAGUAGAAGAAUGUGUUGUUGAUUUAAAUAAAUGUUUCACUUAUGGUCAAGCAUACGUUGCACUUAGCAGAGUUACCUCAAAAUCAGGUCUUCAUAUUAAAAGCAUAGAAUCUGAAAAACUUGACAAGAAAAUUUUCUGUGAUCCUGAUAUUGUAAAGGGUGUUGCAGAAAUGACAAGAUUUUUACCUGAAGUUGAGGAUGAAAGAGAGAAACAGACAAAUAUUGUCCAGAUAAUGUAUCACAAUAUUCAAGGUUUGCAGACUCAUGCAGAAGAUCUCAAACAAAAUCCAGACUUUAAAGGUGUCGAUUACAUUUGUCUUACUGAAACGUGGGCUAAUCAGGAAUUUGCUUGCUUUGAAAUGAUUGGAUAUGAUGGUUUUCAUUUGCCGCGAUCUCAAGCUUUUGAAAAUGAUGACUCUUACUAUUCAUCUUUGAAGGAAAUGCAGCAUGGUGGCGUGUGUGUAUUUUAUAAGCAUUCAUCAGAAACUGAACUAUGCAGCUUGGCCUCAAACUUGGAAUGUAUAGUUUUCAAGAUAACAACUGAAAAUAUUUUAGUUGCUACGAUCUACAGAACUCAGAAGUAUAAUGUCGGAAAAUUUUUGGAGAAUUUGGCGACAUUAAUCUGUAAGUUACAAAUAUUAUCAGAAAAAGUUGUAAUCAUUGGUGAUUUUAAUCAAGAUAUUUUAAAAGAAUGUAAUACAGUAUUAAAUUUCAUGCAAUCAAAAGGUUUCAACCAGCUUGUCAAUAGUCCAACAACAGAGGGUGGUACACUAAUUGAUCAUGUGUAUGUCAGAGGAUGUCCUGAUAUAUCUGUUACAAUGGUUCCCACAUAUUACAGCUACCAUGAGGCACUUAGAAUAGUACUCAAACGUUGA